CAGACAGGAUCAGUAGGUACCAUGAACUGCACUUGAAUCUUCCUUGGCAACAGGAUUCCUAGCUCGUCAGCUAAUUGUAGUUUAGCAGCACGAUGGCGGGCGCUAGCUUGUGUUCCUCUCCUCCGGUUCAUCUGCCUGGUCGCCAUUCAGUUGCCGGCAGUUUGCUGGGCCCCAAAGACUUUGAGGGCCAGAUCUUGCACAGGAAGAUUGUUCUUGGCGGACGGCAGCAUCGCCUGCGGAGAGUGUCGGCGUAUUUGGCUGACUCUGUCACUGAAAGCGUCACAGACGUGCUGCGGAGGGUUGGGGUGGACCCCACUGAGAGAAGGUUGAGCCUGGUCCUUGCGAUUGGCGCACAGGCUGGCCGCAGAACAGAGGAUGUGGUGACAGAAGCAGCGAAAGAGGCUUCAAAGUAUGUGAAUCCACGGCGCUCGGGGGAUGCCAGGAACCUGGAGGAAGCGCUGAUGGCGACCCCCGACCUGGAGACCAUCCCCUACAGGGUGCUGAAGCGGACGGACGACUACGAGAUUCGAGAUGUGGAGUCCUACUUCGUCGCGGAGACCGAGAUGGGCAGCCGGCCCUUCGACUUUGCGGGGGCAGGGCCGUCGUUCAACACUUUGGCUGACUAUCUGUUCGGAAAUAACAGCGCCCGCGCGGGCAUGGAAAUGACGACGCCCGUGGUGCAGCGGCGUGGCGAGGCCAUGGAGAUGACGACGCCCGUCAUCACUCGCCAGGGCAGCGCGCGCGGCGAGGCAAUGGACAUGACGACGCCCGUGGUCACCAGCCAGGGUGGCCCUGGCGCUGAGGGUUGGCGGAUGUCGUUCGUGCUUCCCCGCAAGAACGUGAGCAAGGGCAUCCCCCAGCCCGUCAACGGCGCUGUCCGCAUCCGCGAGGUCCCGGCGCGCACGGUGGCCGUCGUGGCCUUCUCCGGCUACGUGAGUGACCAGCAAGUCGAGCAGCGAGAGCGCAAGCUUCGAAACGUUCUUGCGCGGGAACCCGAGUAUCGGGUCAUCCCAGGGGCCACUCCCGAAGUUGCACAGUUUAAUCCUCCAUUCACACUGCCAUUUCUAAGGCGAAAUGAAGUUGCAUUAGAGGUAGAGAGGACCGCACUCUGAGAUGACGCCCCCGAAGUCUAAUCCCGACGAAGUCGUGUAUAAACUUGGAAUUCGCAGAGAGUCUGCAACAUUUGGCCUUAAAGAUAGACCCUUGCUAGAUAUGUAGAUCAACUUCGAUUUGAAACUGUACACAAUAUGUCCGCCCAGUUGUGACGAUGUUGAAAUUGUACAUAAUACCUCCGCCCAGUUGAAGAUGUAUUUUGAUAUAAUUCUUGGAUUUAACUGUCAAAGUGUCGCGGCUUUGCGCGUUGGUUAACCUUCUCAGUCAGAUUCCUGUAUG